AUGACUUCGGAAGGCCAUUGUGUUUUUGUGCUGGUCUACGUGGACGAUGUCUUGGUGACUGGAAGCUCGCUCGAGAUGAUUGCGCGCACCAAGAACGACCUCAAGACACGCUUCGAGAUGACGGACAGCGGCAAGUGUGCCUUUGUUCUUGGGAUCGAGUUAUUGGACGGUGAAGAUGGCAGCGUGACUAUGUGUCAGCGCCGUUAUGUCGACGAUGUCCUCAAGCGCUUUGGAAUGGAUGAGUGCAAGGCUGUGGCAAGUCCGGUGGACGUCAGCUCUCGACUGGUUCCGAGCAGCUCUGCAAGCAAGGUGGAUGUCCAUUCCGUGAAGCAGUGGGUGCUUUGA